UUACCAGCCUAGGCAGGGGCAACCGUUUCAGCAGCCUCAGCGUUAGUAUGCCGUGCCAGCAGCAGCUCCGGCUCCAAAUAAUUAGAUGACAGAGCUGAAAAACAUUUUAGCGGCAUUUAUGACUACCAGCCAAGCGAAUUUUACCAGGAUAGACCAAAGCAUCGCCUCGCUGGAGGCAGGUCAGAGGAACCAAGGUGCUAUACUGCAGGACCUCCAGCAUCAGCUUGGAGGAAUAGCUCGUGAGAACAAUACCCGGGCCCCGGGAACUCUACCUGCCACUACCAUCCCCAUCCACGGGAGCCGCACCAGCAGCUGAAUGCCAUCACCACCAGGAGUGGCAAGUCCACAUCGGCGGUACCUGCCCAGACUAGGGAGGAAGAGCCAAUGCCUGCUUCAGCACUUCCAGCCGACGAUGCAGAAGUGAGGGUGGAGAAGGAAGCCCCUGCCCCCAAGCCACAACCAGUGGUUAAGGAGCACGUACCCCAGCUCCCCUUUACCACUCGACUACAUAAAGAUAAGCUGGAGACUGAGUUUGCCAAGUUCAUGGCAAUGUUGAAGCAGCUCAACGUCAGCAUACCUUUCAUGGAGGCACUGUCGAAGAUGCCCAAGUAUGCCAAGUUCAUGAAGGAUCUCCUUAACAACAAGAAGAAACUUGGGGAUCUUUUGACAGUGAUGUUGAGCGAGGAGUGUUCUGCUAUCCUGCAGAACAAGCUGCCCGAAAAGCGCAAAGAGCCAGGGAGUUUCACUAUCUCUCUUGAUAUUGGCAGCAUGCAUGUAAGGAAGUCCUUAGCGGACCUAGGCGCUAGCAUAAAUGUCAUGUCGUACAAUUUUUUUAAAAAGCUAGACCUAGGUGAACUUAGCCCUACUAGGAUGAGCAUUCAGUUAGCUGAUCGCUCUAUUGUGCAUCCUAGGGGUAUCAUAAAAGAUCUGCUUGUUAAAGUAGGCGCAUUCACAUAUCCUGUUAAUUUUGUUAUUCUGGAUAUAAAUGAGGAUGUGGAUGUGCCUCUGAUUCUGGGUAGACCAUUUCUUGCCACCGCCAAGGCACUUAUUGAUGUGCAUAGUGAUAAACUGACCUUGCGUGCUGGGAAUGAACAUGCUACUUUUUCUGUGGCUGAAUUAGAUCAUUGUGAUAUGCCUGAUGUCACACCUAUGCAUGCUAUUUCUAACCAGGUACAUGAGCCUGUCGUGUACCCUUCUGUGCCUCUCGUUUUGCAGGACUCCCAUCUCACGCCUUUGCCGCCACUCCCUUCAACCUCACCUCCAAAUAAAAAGCUCAAAGAGGAGUGGCGGCCGAAGCAGCAGGUGGCUAAGCUUGCUCGGAAGAAAGGUGGAGACCACUAUGAGCUGGUCCCACCUCCUGCACCACGACCACCCUGGCCAUCCGAGUACUCACUCGCCUGCAUCUUGCCGGAUGGCCAGGUCGAGCUGAGCAAUGCUGGUGGUCGCACCCGUCGGGUGCAUGGCCGGAAUCUGAAGGUGUACCUCAAGAGCAAUGUGGAUCCGCUCUUGGAGGCACCUGUUCUUGCACCCCUCUGAGUAUCCGCCAUGGACGUCCAGCUAAAAGACAGUAAAGAAGCGCUUGUGGGGAGGCAACCCCACCACGAUUUGCAUUUCUUUUUCCCUUUUUCUGUGUUUUUGUGUCACUUGCAUGUAUGUAUUGAAGUUCGUUCGUCUGUUAUGCCUCGGUUUUGUGUUUUCGUGCAGGGGAGGUCGAAAAUGUGGAACUUUGAGUUUUUUUGGCCGAAAGGGGAAAAUACCCGGUCGUGAGCCAAAAUACCCGACCGGGUAUUUUUGGCUCAUGAUCGGGACCCCUGCUGCCUUCCGGGGCGAAAAAGGGCAAAUACCCGACCUUGACCCAAAAAUACCCGACCGGAUAUUUUUGGCUCAAGGCCGGGGAUUUCAGAGAGCAUUAAACGCGUCGUUUCCAA